GGCGCCUACGUGUGCAAGGGACGCUCAGGCUGGCUGAUGCCGCUGGGAGAGGCUCUGUGGGAGAAUGCAGAGCUCCAGCUGUGCAUCCCGACGAAGUUUAAGAGAGCGCCCCCGUUGCCGCCCCCUCCCGGCCCUGCCACGUGCGCCCUGCUUUCAGAGAUGCUCGCCUCAAACCCGGACGCCCGGCCGACGGCCGACCAGCUGGGGACCAGGGUGCGCUCCGCUCUGAGAGAGGACUCCCACUGACACAGAGUACACUUGAAAGACUGUAAUGGGCUGAACGACAGUAAGGAGCCCAGACUGCAGUUCGUCCUGUUUGUUUAAAUAACGGGCACGUUGAUGCCUCAGAGAGGAAGGGAUGAUAAAUGUGUAUGAUUAUCUGGGAUUGCAGGUGCUAAUUUUCUCCCUGAACCACAAGCUCAGCUUCUAAAUCGUGUGCAAAGCCAUAUAAAGGGAAAACAGGAAUGAACUAGCAGAUUCAGAUAUGGCUGAAUGGGCAUAAAUAGGUUUGCUGCUCAGUGAGUCUUAAAGGUUUUUUAAUUCCACAUUAUUAUUAUUAUUAAUAAUUUAGCCUAGGUAUGGCUCUACUGAGCUAUAAGGACAUAAAAGUAGUUGGCUUAAAUCUGUAGCACAUCAGUGUAGUGUGGGUCGGACUACAUAAUGCUGUGUGUGCUGAAAUAACUGUGAUACUAUUUUUGUGUCUAAGCUGUAAUGUUUCAGUUUAUGCUGUUAUAUAUUUUCACAAAGGUGUGUGUGGACAUGAUUUUAAUACUCAGUUUCACUCAAACAUUCUCACCUCAAAAAUCUUCAGAACAAAAUGUCUAUUUAUUCUUCUGUUUUAGUGAAAUAUAACCUUUGUAUACGUCGGUUUACUUACUCUCAGAGGCACUUAGCGUCUUUUUUCCUGCCUGUGUGCAUUCAAACAUUAAUAUUUGAGUUUGUCAUUUGUAAAUAUUUCUUCAUCAUUUCACGUGUUUGCUUUGAGUUAGUGACGCCGUCAGCCGUUUACAGGAUUUUCAAACUUGUGUCAUAUCUGCUGCACAGCACAAGGCUCGCUGUGACGGACGGUCGCUAACGUCUCCUCCUGAACAGGAAAUUAAAGCCAGGCAUGUGGAUUGUUGCUGAUCAUAUCCACGCAGUGUUCACUCUGUUUAUUAGUGAUCAUCAGUCUCAGUCACAUGCGUGGAUGAAUGGAGAUCGAUUAUAACAUCAACUGUGUCCUAAAUUUUUUGUUAACUCAUGUAAUUUAAAUAAAGAUGGAUUUAUAACCUCUUUAAUCAGUGGUAACGGGAAUUUUUAUUCAUGUAAAAUUCAUGCUUGCAGUCUAGUUAAAGUCAAACAUUGACCUGUGGAAUAAAUGAACUCUUUGCUCAAUAAGGCUGUUACACCGAGCGCACGGAGACUCGGACAUUAGAGGGAAGUAGUAUGGGCUCAAAAUGUGGUCAUAAAUAUUUUGUACUUGUAAAUCAGCUUUGUAUCUGUGAAAAGAUUUGUGUGUG